AUGCUGUUCGCCUUAGGCACAGCACAAAGAUUACAAACUUUUUCAAAAAUUAAAAUAGAUAAUAUUUAUCAAAGAACUGACUUCAUAGAGAUUUUAAUACCGGAUAUCCUAAAAACAUCAGGCCCCGGUAGGAUCCAACCUAGACCGAGACUCCCCUUCUUUAGAGAGACCCCAGAGCUAUGUCUAUCUAGCACAUUGAUAGAAUAUUUAAGUAGAAGUCAGAACAUAAGAAAUAAUAUACGGGAGUUAUUUUUGACCAUUAAAAAACCGUACCAUCCAGCCUCGACUCAAACUCUUUCCAGGUGGUUAAAGAAAAUUCUAGGCCUGGCUGGAAUAAAUACUGGUACAUUCUCUGGAUACAGUACUAGGCAUGCAGCUGUUUCUGCAGCCUACAGAUCAGGUACUAACAUUGAAACUAUAAGAGCCACAGUAGGCUGGUCAGAACGGUCCAACGUGUUUUUUAAGUUUUAUAACAGGCCGUUAGAUAGCAGUUUUUUCAUAAAUAGCGUACUAGCUGGUACGGAAAACAAACAACUCAGGUCGUGCAGGGAUUAAUUACAUUACUACCUACUAAAAUAUUGUGUUAGACUCUAGUUACGUUUGUUGGUCUAUAACAUAUAGGUUUAGAAUAAGGACGUUUCUAUAUCGUAUGUUCUAUUUCUUGUUACGUUGUUGUUAUUGUAUAUAAACUAAUUGUUAGUUGUUCUGCCAUAAUU